AUGGGGCUCAUAUGCGAUAUAGGUGUGUUUGACUCGUGUGGAGUCUUAUGUGAUAUACUUGCCUCGAAAACGGGAAGUCAGGUUCUAGGAGCGCUUUGCAAUUUCUUCUGUGACAUCGAAGGCGCAAAAGAAUUUGCCAAAAUCUUACAGAAGGAGGACCUGGACGAUAUCUAUUUCUGCGAGCUCGUCAAGGGAUGUCCGGUCUUUGAUGGAGUACAUGCCCGCAUCACUGAACUCACCAUCAGUCCAGUGUCCAGCCCACCGGACAUACGACUUUUCAACGAAGCCGCAAAACCAGGCGCCUACUCCUUUAGAUUUAUGCUGGACGCCGAGAAAUCGGACAACUACCACCCCGAGAAAUUCCCGUGA